AUGUGGACCGUGGCUCUUGCUCUUUGUUUCGGAAAUAUUCUCAUCAGGGGAGAGGCGAGUGAUCAGCAUUCAGAGCCAUUCCCUGUAACUGAACUCUCUGAAAUGGCCUCCCCUGGUUUUGUAAUACUGGAAAAACAGAAAUCCAACAGCUCAAUCCAUCCACCCCAAGUAGCAGGACCAAAAACACCACUCCCUCCUAUGUGCUUAGAGUCAGCUGGAAUCAGAGACACCUUCAAAUAUGUCAAUACCGUGGUCUCUCUGCUUGUGUUUGUCAUUGGAAUAGUGGGAAAUUCAGCCUUACUGAAAAUAAUAUAUGGAAACAAAUGCAUGAGAAGUGGACCUAACAUCCUCAUUGCGAGUCUUGCUUUGGGUGAUCUAAUCCACAUUGUGAUAGACAUUCCAAUCAACGCGUACAGACUCGUGGCAGAAGAUUGGCCAUUUGGUUUAAUACUAUGCAAACUUGUCCCCUUCAUACAGAAAACCUCUGUUGGAGUUACUGUGUUGAGCCUAUGUGGUUUGAGUGUUGACAGAUACCGAGCUGUAGUAUCCUGGAAUCGAAUCAAAGGCAUCGGGGUUUCAGCGUGGACAGCAAUCGAAAUAACUCUGAUAUGGGUUAUUUCUAUCCUGCUGGCUGUGCCUGAAGUUGUCGGCUUUGAUAUGAUAACAAUGAACUAUAGAGACAAGCUUCUGAGAAUAUGCCUGCUUCAUCCCAUUCAAACCACACAGCUCAUGCAGUUCUAUAAAUCAGUGAAGGACUGGUGGCUCUUUGGCUUCUACUUUUGCAUGCCACUGACUUGGACCGCCGCCUUCUACACACUCAUGACCAGGAAAAUGCUGAAAAAGACUCAGCACACAUUAAGCAACCACACCAAGCAGAGACUAGAAGUCGCAAAAACUGUCUUCUGCUUGGUGAUUGUGUUUGCGCUGUGUUGGUUGCCUCUAUACCUCAGCAGAAUCUUGAAAUUAACCAUAUAUGAUGAGAAAGAUCCUAAUAGGUGUCAACUGCUGAGUAUCUUUCUUGUCCUGGACUAUUUUGGCAUUAAUAUGGCAUCACUCAACUCGUGCAUCAACCCUAUUGCAUUGUACACAGUCAGCAAAACAUUCCAGAGAUGUUUUAAGGCGUGUCUGUGCGGUUGGUGUCUACCUCUUCAAGCUGUUACCCACGACGAGGUGCAGUCUGUUUCGAAGUCCAGAAUUGAGGAUCAAGCCCCGGAGCAGAACAGCAACAUCAAAGCUCACAAGCAGACUUCCACACCUCUACCUGAGUAG